CCAAAUAUUAGUUUUUGUUCAUCAUGAGACAAUUCGUCGUUCUCUUCGCCAUCAUCGGUGUCAGCUACUGUGGCCGCCUGGAAAAUACCUACCUACCACCAAACCAAGGAGGGUAUGACAGUGCAGCUCAUGCUAGUUUCAACAAAAUCUCAACUCAUAGUGCCAAUAGUUUCUCUUCCCAAAAUAGUUUCCAACAACCCAACUUCAACAACAAAUACUCUGCUCCAGCUUCUGGACCUGCUGGACCUAUCAACAAAGAAGCUAAUGACGUCCCUAUUCUAAAGUUAGACAAUAACAAUGACGGAGAAACCUACAACUAUGCUUUGGAAACUGGAAACGGUAUCUCUGUCCAAGAACAAGGUGAUGCUAGCCAUGACGGAACUAACGCUCAAGGAGGAUUCUCCUAUACUGCUCCCGACGGUCAGCAAAUCUCCAUCCAAUACGUAGCUGGCGAAAGCGGUUUCGUUCCUCAAGGUGCCCACAUUCCCACUGCUCCUCCAGUACCAGAAGACAUCCAAAAAGCCAUCGAACAAAAUUUGGCCGAUGAAGCUAGAGGAAUUGUCGAUGACGGUCAAUAUAGAGAAGAAGGUGAAUCUGGACAAUACAACCACGGAGCUUAUGGCGGAGGACACAACGAACAAGCUGCUGGAGCUAGCAAAAACAGUUUCAACUUCCAAUCCCUUAAAAACCAAUAUGUCCCUCCUAGCAAUAACGGCAAACAAGGGUAUCACUAUUAAGUACUGAUUUUUGUUGUUUAUUGUAAAAUGUAAAUAAAUAAAACAUAUUUUUC